ACAACAGAUGCAUAAACAAAAAAAGACUCCGUUUCGUGGUGCGAUUAGAGUAACAUAGUCGUCAACACUCAGAGACAUAAAAGUAACUGAAACUCAAAAGCGUUGAUAUGGAAGAGAAAGAUGAAUCAGAGCAACGAGUGUGGAGUUGGGGUGCUGGAACGGAGGGUCAGUUAGGAACAAAGAUUCUUCAAGACGAAAACUUCCCUCAACUCCUUCAUCAACCCUCUCUCUCCUCCGUCUCUUCCCUAGCCUGUGGCGGCGCUCAUGUCAUAGCCUUGACCUCUGCUGGGAAGGUGCUAUCAUGGGGGAGGGGCAAUUCUGGCCAACUAGGCCACGGUGAGGUUGUGAGUAACGCUUUGUAUCCAAAGGCUGUAACAUCAUUGGAUGGUUACGUCAUAACCCAUGUCGCCGCUGGCUGGAGCCACUCAGCUUUUGUUUCUGAUCCUGGGUGUGUGUUCACUUGUGGGGAUGGCUCGUUUGGUCAACUGGGGCAUGGGGAUCAGGCCUCGCACUACUCUCCUGUCAAAGUGUCAUGCUUUGUUGAUCAGCAUGUUGCGCAGGUGGCAUGUGGCAUGCGCCAUUCACUUGUCUUGUUAAAAGGUCGUUGUUGUUAUGCUGAUUGUGCAGGAAAUCAAGUUUAUGGAUUUGGCUCUGGGAAGCGUGGUCAACUGGGUGUCAACGAUAGGAUCAAAUCUGUUAAUGUUCCUAGAGUUGUCAGUGGCUUUGAAGGUGUUGAAAUCAUUGAAAUUGCUGCAAAUGGAGAUCACAGUGCUGCAGUAUCUGUUGAUGGGCAUGUUUACACCUGGGGAAGAGGCUUCAAGGGCUUUGAAGAUGCUCAUGUUCCUCAGUGCUUGAACUCGACUUUGAAUUUUACCAAAGUUGCUCUGGGAUGGAACCAUGCUUUAGCUAUGAGUGGUGAGGAGGAGGUUUAUAUGCUAGGUGGGAACCACCCUGGAGUGCUUAGUGAUCUUCAGAAUAUAAGACCGGCUAAGCAUUUAACUGAUUUUAGAGAAGUCAAUUUGGAGAAAGUCCCUGGCCUUGAUGAGAUGAAGAUUACUGAUAUUGCUACCGGAGCUGAGCAUUCUGUCAUUGUCACAGAACAUGGAGAAAUAAAGACAUGGGGUUGGGGUGAGCAUGGUCAACUUGGUUUAGGGGAUACUUGCGACCGAAUCAGUCCUGCUACAGUUAGUCUCGAUUAUGAUCUGAAUGAAGCUGCAUCAAUUAGAGUUUUCUGUGGAAGUGGGUUCACGUUUGCUAUAACCAUGCCCUAGAUUAUUCUUAAACUUGUUUAAACGCUAAUUUGAUAUGUGCAUGUCAAAAGUUGUCAGCAGCUUGGUUCUGAAAUUCAGUGUGUUAGUAUACAGAAUGGUACAUGCCAAGAAAGUUCUAUUUCUGAAAUAUUAUUUUGGAUUCAGGAUGCAUUGUUCUGGAAAGCCAUAGGCUCGGCUCCACGAACACCUCAAAAAUUUGACAACUAUGAAGAAGGGAAGUGAAUAUGAAUGAUCCUCUUAGAAAAAUAAAGGAUAGCUGUUCACAUCUUUCCAAUUUAUAGACUAUGAUAGAACAUGCUAUGACAUUCCCAUUAUAAGUGGGUGAUCAUUCACCAUAUUAUUUUCCUUUUUACAAUAGAACUCCAAAUUUUAGUCCAUUUAAUA